UAUGGAAAAGCUUGUAGGUAAGUGGAGAGAGGAGAGUGUAGUUGGAGAUGUAUCGAAUGUUUUAAGAACUGCUGGAUACGACCCUCAAGUUAUUGAUAUUCUUAUGAGUUUUAAAACAGAUGGUAUGAUUGGAGAAAAUGUAAAAAAUAUAUCUUUAGAGGGAGAAGGUUUGAGAUGGAUAUCAACUGUUAAUGGUCUACCGUUGGAGGAUGUAUAUAUGAUACCAGGGGAGCCUGUUGAAAUUUUCUCAUCUCAUGGAAUAGCUGUUACAAAACGAUUAGAAGUUUUGGAUUCUAAUGUAUCAAUUAUAGAUAUUCACGGUGAUAAAAUUCUGCAUACCCAAUUAACUAUUGAAGGGAAUAAGCUAAUAUUGAUAUUAAACAGUGGAGAGGAUGAAGCUAAAAUUUAUUACAUUCGUGGUAUAGCAGUUCUACAACAAUGUUUAUCUGCUAAAUUACAAGUUAUUCCACCGAAUGAUGAUAACCCAGAUGGGGUAUUUGUAAAUAUUGAUAGAGGUUUAAUAAUCUAUAUUUGUUUCCUACGUGGAAUCACCGAUGAGAAAAUAGAAAAAUUAGCACGUUCCGUCUUACAAGCGAAAUUAAGUGAAAAUUACGAAAGUGGUGGAAAAUUACAGAAUAUUUUGCAAAUUAAUGGUGAUGUUCUAAUCAUUCCGCAAGCUACAUUAGGUGGAAAAUUAAAAGGAAAAUCUAUGCAAUAUCAUACCAAUCUCAGUAAAACUGAAGGUCUCGAUGUAUACAAUAAAUUUAUUGAUAUUUGUAAAAAGUUGAUCCAAGAGAAUAAGGCAAACAGUGUCGUUCAAAAUGGAACCUAUGGUAAUCGACAAGUGUUGAAUAUUCAAACAAAUGGACCUUUUACCCAUUUUAUUCAUGUAUAA